UUACAGGUUUGGUGUGUUGCAAGUCAAAUUGUCUUUCAUACUGUACAGAGAAGAACCGAACUGAAACCAAACGCUACCCUACGGUACCAUUCCAACCAUCAACCCCUASACCAUAAAUUCAAAAUAGCCAGUAGUAUGAGCGAUUCAAAUGCACGAGGAGCUGGCAACCUGGCGCCGCUAGCUAAAUACAAGCUGGUGUUCCUAGGAGACCAGAGUGUCGGAAAGACUUCCAUCAUCACCCGUUUUAUGUACGAUAAUUUUGACCGGCAUUACCAGGCUACGAUCGGGAUCGACUUCCUGUCGAAGACAAUGUAUCUGGAGGACCGCACGGUUCGUUUGCAGCUCUGGGAUACAGCAGGCCAAGAACGAUUCCGUUCGUUGAUCCCUUCUUAUAUUCGUGAUUCAUCCGUUGCCGUGGUUGUGUACGAUGUGAGCAACCGAGCAUCGUUUACAAAUACGUCAAAGUGGGUUGAAGAUGUUAGAGCGGAACGAGGGAAUGAUGUUGUCAUUUGCCUCGUAGGAAACAAGACGGAUCUCGGCAACGACAAACGACAAGUCAGCACAGAAGAGGGCGAGGAAAGAGCGAAAAAGGAUGGAUUAAUGUUUAUGGAAUGCAGUGCCAAGGCCGGAUACAACGUCAAGAGCUUGUUCCGCAAGCUCGCAACGUCGCUUCCGGGAAGCAACGAUGGAGGAGCCUCGGCGAAGAAUGCUGGAAACGGAAGUGGUCUGAUUGAUAUCAAGGUAUCAUCGGCGCCGGCAAAUCUAGACGAUGCCAAGUCGUGUGGCUGCUAAAUGAAAAGAGAACAAGRGGAUUUCCGCUUUCCUUUGGUCGCGCUUUCCCUGCCCUACCGAUAGCACAGCAUUAUGCAUGGCGAYGAAAGUCCCACCGUACGAGAGUCUAAAACUUCUCAGUGGCGAUCGAUGCAAUCCCAGAAACCGUGUUCAGUCGAGACAAAAACGCCGGUGUACACACCCACCCACAUACGAAGUCGAUACGAUCGUUUGUUUUUCUGUACUUUUUAAAGCUUUUAGUGAUAUCAUACGUUUCAUGUGUGUCUUGUAGCAGUCAACUUAUCAGGUAUUAGUUUAGGCUUGCCUAGAAAGUGAUACUCGUUUGACAACUACAGAAUGUUUUGCCACCAUGCAAGAAAUUAUUGAAUAAAAAUGGUAUGUAGGCACGAGUAGUUCAUAAAGUCAUUUCUUAUCGUUGGUUAGUGCCCGACUCGCUUAGUGUCAUUAAUCCUUUUUCAUUUUAGUGUCUCCGCCACUGUUGGCCACGAGUUCCACCGCACCCUUCACACGUCCGAGAAACUCUUUGACUUGUUGGGCUUUUGUGGCCAUUAUAAUGAGCAUGAAAAUGACAACGACUGCAUAGAUGUGCGACAAUAAUUCUGAUGUGUUUCGACAUGUUUGAGAAACAUUAGAGCACGUCAUAUCAGCAACCGCCCUCAAAAUAUAGGACGCAGUUGCGACAGUUAAGGGGACAAUGUAUCUAUCGAUGUGUGAGACAAAGAAGGUGGAGAGAAGCAGAAAUUCGUGAAAUGAGUAUACGAUGAUGUGCCACGAACAAAGAAGCAUCUAACUAGCAAAAACCAAAACUUACGUUUCCAAUCCAGCAAGAGGAUUGCGGCCUUCGUUUAAUGAUGCGUACACUGCGAACUCGUUAUUGAUCAUCUCAAGCACGGAUUGACGAGCCUCUUCGAUGGAAUGUUUGCUACCGAAGGUUGCCAUUGAGUCAAAUUUGUUCAACGCCUUCAUGAGGAGAUGACGGUGAUCGUCUUCAAGCUCCUUAGGUUUGAUGUAACUGGAACAAUUAGGGCCCGAAAUGCGAUUCAUGUAAUCUUUAUAUUCACCAACAGCCAAAUUAAGGGCGUUUGAAUUGUUCGCAGUGGCUGUGGCUUCCAGCAUAGUGGCAGCCUCGGGGAAAGAGGCCCCGGAAGCAAACAUUUCUGCAUAUGCUUUGAUAAACGAUCCGAGCUCAGAUGCAGUUACUUCUCUUCCUUGGAUGACUUUGGGUGUCAGAUUCUCRACAGAGAAAACUCGUCUGCAGUAACGAUCGAGAAGGUUCAAAAAUGUUUCAUCCAUUUUGGAUACUUCGCCUUUGAAAUUCUUUUUGAUGACCGCCAUUCCAGGAUGAGACAAACCAAAGCAGGAAGUCUUCGAAAAACAAGCAAAGAUUUGUUCUCUUGUCUCUUGCAAAUCCUUGGCUUCCCUUUCUGAGAUAACUUUCUGCAGAUAUUCAUUCAUUUCCUCUUCCAUUCGAUCGUAGUCUUCUUCGUCUUCAAAGUGCUGCCAAUCACGAACCAGGAACUCCAUUGUUUGAAAGGGUUUCACAUCUCCUGUUUCUUCCUUUUUGGCUUCGUCGCCAUUGGUUCCUUCGACAGCAAGUCUAGCAUACUCUGAAAAGAGGGCAAGUUGCUGCAAAUUGUCUUCCUGGAUUCUCUUGUCGACGUUGUAGAUUUGAUAUGAGCUCAAGAGUGUGCUUAGACCAAAGAUAGAUGCGGUCAAGGACAUGGUUGUCUCAUUAUCAAACAUACCCUGUGAAUCUACAAUAAGAAUGGCCAUUGUGUCGUCUCCUCUCUUGACAAAAUGAGGCUGGCUCCACAUCCAGAUUCCAGUCGUGUUCCGUUCACUGCCACCCCUCCAAUGAAAGGCGUCGUUUUCAAUGGAUUCAAUCGUUUCAAACCAUUUUUUGUCUCCUUCGAUCAGAUCUCCGGUGCUUCCACUCUUCUUCAACUCUUUCAGGUAGGCCAAAAACCAGGUCAAGAGAAACGACUUUCCAGUGCGAAACGCUCCAACGACACUGACUACAGAGACUUUCCAUCCCGGAGGAAUUUUUCUCAUGAUCGAGUUAAGCCUUUCUUCGUGGAAUUGAAAGGCAAACUUGUCCUCCUCGGUUCCAAUCGAUACAAUUUGAAGAGGCUCGGGUUUACAGGGUUCCGACUUUGCACCGACCUUGUUGCCACCGUCUAGGCUGCUCUCGUCGUCGGACACGGUCGGGACAGUAGUGGUUGUCGUCGUCGUUGCYGUCGCGUCGUCCACGGUCACGUCGGUGUGCUCAACGAGCACGACAUCGUCUUUUUCGGUAGCCAUGUCGGUGCCUCUUAAAAUUGCUUGCUCUGGAACUGUUGUCGUGCAAUCCAAAAAGAAAGCAGGAUUAACUCU